AUGAACGGCGAGAUCGCCGCCGCCAACCCGCGGUUGACUUCCCCGGCCUCCCGAGACAACUCCGCGCUGCUCGGCGCCACUAUCGCCUUCUCGAACGCCAACCCAUCAUCCAAUGUGGCCUCACCACCUUCCGCCGCAGCCAGAGCCGCAGUGGCCAGCACUUUGAAUCGGCAUGCCGAACGUCGCCUCGAAAUGGAGUCUGAUAACGGCCCCGAGGUGGGCUCCGUGAAGGAAAAGAUCGGGCGGUUCACAGCCAACAACACCCUUCCGCCGCCCAGAGCCGUGUCGAGGGGACGAACAACGCCGCCAUCCGUGUCGCCAGGGCAAAUCGCAGCGCGUCUUGCUGUCGAGAGAUCUCCUUCAAGGGUACAAGAAGCAACCGCCGCUGCCGCUGCCGCCAAGAUCAGUGCUGCGCGCAGUGCAAGCAGAAUGCAGUCCCAAGCAGCCGAGGAACGACGAGAGCUACGCUCACCCACUCCAAUUCGACCCCGAGUCCUCACUAAACAGAACCCCGUGGACACCAUGCUUCGAGAUGAUAUGGCUACGUCCGAGCCCGAAUUAGAGCCCGAAUUCUACGAGAAACCCCCGUCCCUCCCACCUCGCGCAGCAAGUGUCCGUGUCCCAGCCCCCAGCCCCCAUCUCUCUGUCAGCUCUCGAAUGACCACAAGCUCUCUCAAUGAUUCCAAACCGAGACUUCCACUGCGGACUACCGCUUCGAGGGCGUCUAUGCGAACCCCAGUUCUUACCGGCACUCCGUUCCUUCGCCCUUCCACGCCCAGUAUAGCUUCAGUAUCGGGUCUCUCGUACCAUAGCAGCUCAAGCGCCACGAAUGAGACGGGUGGCAUAGAUGAAGAAGCCCUCUCAAACGCGAUUAUCGCAUCGUCCUUGGCAUCCGCACGAGCAUCUCCCGCGACAAAGCUACCCCCACCACCUCCCCCCUCACGACGAGGAGCGCAGUCCCGAUCAAUAUUACAAUUCGCACACUCGCCCCAGAGCGAUCUAUCACGGACACCGAGUCCAUCCAAGGGCAUGCCGAUGACGCUCCGCAGCAUUCCGAAGGCCGAGGAAGCCGACGCCCACCGCCGCCACAAGAUGAACCUACUCCACAAACACCCCCACAAGCAUCAUGAGGGCGAUCGCAAACGAUGGAAGCGUGAAGUCACCGAGAAAGAGCGCAAACGCUACGAAGGCGUGUGGGCGUCCAAUAAGGGACUGCUGAUUCCACUUGACCGAAGGAUACCCGGUCGUGGGCCGAACGGGACCGAGAAAGGGCCGCCCGCAUCCGAAAUGGUGUUGAAUCUGGUGGUGCGAGAGAUCUGGUCCCGCAGCCGACUGCCACCGGCGAUGCUGGCGCAGGUGUGGGAUCUGGUGGACAGCCAGCAGAUUGGCCUUUUGACGAAAGAAGAAUUCGUGGUUGGAAUGUGGUUGAUCGAUCAGCAGCUGAAGGGUCACAAACUGCCCGUGAAGGUGCCCGACAACGUAUGGGACAGCGUGCGGUAUGUGACGGGCAUUAAGCUUUCCUCCGCUGGGCCCAGAGGUUGA